AUGUCGACUCCAGAGGCCCGCGCACAGGUCUACCUGGUCAACCUCCGCAGCAAGCUGGAAGAGCAGAACAAUGCCAACGCCGCUGCCACGGUGUCGCGCGCGCUCGACUACUUUGAGCAACGCUUCUGGCAUGAGGUGUCAAGUGAACUGCUGCAGCUGAUCCGUGACCCAAUGGUUCUGGAGGACGCGUACGAGCUGUACGCGGACGUCAUUGUAGCCGUACGGGCUGACAUCUCGCCUAUCGCGUACGUCAUGAUUGUCCGCUCCGUCUGCUUCGCCCCGCACAGCACGACGCAGAAAGCGCUGGAGCUUGUCGAGGGCGCGUGCGCCUCCCUCAUCCAUAGCAGCUCGGAGCAGGGACACUACGCUGCCUUGUGCAUCCGUGCCCUCCUGCUACUCGAGAGCACGAGCGCCGAGGAGAGCGCGGCGCUGGCGGCGGUGCCUGGGUCGCCGCCGCACACGGCACGCAAGUUACUGGAGCAGACUGAGAUGUACCUGCACGGCCUCAAGAUGCACGAGGUGGAGCCGGUGCUGGUCGCGCUCUACGGCAUGGCACGCGGUCGUGACUACGAGAUUCGACGCCAGCAUACGAGCUACUACAAAAACGCGUUCGACAUCAUUAUUUUUCUGGAGAAGGCGGACCUCCCCAUGCGCGACGAGGACGUCACCGCGCUGGCGUACAAGACGGUGAUCGCCGGUCUCCUCUCCGACAAAAUCUUUAACUUCGGCAAGCUGCUCAACUUCGACCAAUUUGUGUCCCGGCUGCAGCGGGAGUCGUGCCCGCAGCGCUGGGCGCUGGAGAUGAUGCGGCUGUGCAAUGAAGGCGAUGUGGCCAACUUCGAGGCCUUCUUCCGCGAGCACCAGCAGCAGAUUUCACAGGAACCCCAGCUCGUGAGCGCGUCGGCGACGCUGCACCGCAAGGUGCGGCUCAUGGCGCUACUGCAUCUCAUCUUCUACACCCCUUUGAGCGAGCGCACCUUUGCCUUUCACGCGGUGGCGCAGCGGUGCGGUGUCCCGGAUAGCGGGGCGGAGCCGCUGUUGCUCGAGGCGCUCGCUCACGGCAUCAUCAAGGGCCGCAUGGACGGCUUGAAGAAGGAGGUGCACAUUACGUGGGUGGAGUCGCGUGUGCUGAGCCUUGAGGAGGUGAAGGCGUUGGCGCAGCAUGUGGCGCAGUGGCGCGAGCAGGUCGUGGGGCUCACGAACUCGGUGAAAGAGAUGACAGAGAGGAUCCCGCAGUAG